UAGCAAGAAGCUGAACUUCAUCUAUUGGUGCGCUUUGGAUGAUGCAUUCUGUUUUAAUGAGAUUAAAGGCUUAAUGCGGAUAAAAGAUCUGUAUCUGUUUGGUGAACCUGCAUUCUAUGCAGAGGUUUCAGUUUGAUUCACAGAGGGACAGAGAGAGAACUAUGAUCUCUCUGACAGAUAAAAGCAUUUGACUUCCUUAAGUACAUUUUCUUUUUAUAACCUGUCCAAAAUGAUUGGAGCACAUUUCUUUCUGUUUUCUGUUCUGAUCGUGUUCAGCAUAUCUGCUGAGGAAAUAUUUCAGCCAACCCUCGUGUUGGACAUGGCUAAAGUCCUCCUGGAUAACUACUGCUAUCCUGAAAACCUGGUGGGAAUGCAAGAAGCCAUUGAGCGAGCCAUCAAGAGUGGGGAGAUCCUGGACAUUUCUGAUCCAAAAAUGCUGGCCAGCGUCUUGACAGCUGGAGUGCAGGGUGCUCUGAAUGAUCCAAGACUGGUAAUUUCCUAUGAGCCAUCAGCUCAUGCAGCUCCUAAACAAGAAGCUGAAACUUACCCCACUCGGGAACAACUCCUGAGUCUUAUUGAGCAUGUAGUCAUAUAUGAUAAGCUGGAGGGAAAUGUUGGCUACCUGAGGAUUGAUUAUGUCAUAGGACAGGAAGCUGUGGAGAAAGUUGGAGCUUUUCUAGUGGACAAGGUAUGGAAGACACUGAUAAAUACAUCUGCCUUGGUGAUAGAUCUUCGUUACAGUACUGGAGGACAGAUCUCUGGAAUUCCUUUCAUUAUCUCAUACUUGCAUGAAGCAGACAAGAUGCUACAUGUUGAAACUGUAUACAAUCGGCCCUCCAACACCACUGAAGAGAUAUGGACGUUGCCAAAAGUGUUGGGAGAGAGAUACAGCAAAGACAAGGAUGUCAUUGUUUUGAUCAGUCAACACACCACAGGAGUGGCUGAAGAUGUGGCUUACAUCCUGAAGCACAUGAACAGAGCUAUCACUGUUGGGGAGAAGACAGCUGGGGGUUCUCUGGACAUCCAGAAGUUCCGUAUUGGUCCUUCUAAUUUCUAUAUGAUGGUUCCUGUGUCGCGAUCUGUCAGCCCCUUGAGUGGGGGUGGACAGAGCUGGGAGGUGAGUGGGGUGAUGCCAUGUGUGGCUUCUGAGGCAGAGCAAGCCUUGCAGAAAUCUUUGGACAUUCUGGCAGUGCGCAGAGCUGUGCCUGGCACCUUAAGUCGUCUCACAGACAUAUUAAAGGACAAUUACAGCUUAGUGGAGCGAGUGCCAGCGCUGCUGCGGCACCUUGCUACCUCUGACUUCUCUUCUGUGCAGUCAGCAGAGGACCUGGCCACCAAGCUCAACAGUGAGAUGCAGACCUUAUCUGAGGACCCUCGUCUGUUGGUCCGAGCCAUGAUGCCUGGUGAAGCUGCUGCCCCUCCUGCUGAGAUGCCGAUUGCAAUGGCAGCCAAUUUGCCUGAUAAUGAGCAAUUGCUGCAUGCCUUGGUGGAUACUGUCUUCAAGGUGUCAGUGUUGCCAGACAAUGUGGGCUAUAUGCGCUUUGAUGAGUUUGCUGAUGCCUCUGUUCUUAUUAAGCUGGGACCUUACAUUGUAAAGAAAGUUUGGGAGCCCCUCCAAAAUACGGAGAACCUGAUCAUGGAUCUACGUUACAACCCUGGUGGCCCUUCCUCCUCUGCUGUGCCUGUGUUAAUCUCUUACUUCCAAGAUCCUACUGCUGGCCCUGUCCAUCUCUUUACAACCUAUGACAGGCGCACCAACCAUACAGAAGAGCAUAACAGCCAGGCAGAACUACUGGCCCAGCCCUACGGAGCUCAGCGUGGUGUCUACGUGCUCACCAGCCGCCACACUGCUACAGCUGCUGAGGAGUUUGCUUACCUCAUGCAGUCACUUGGCCGUGCCACACUGAUCGGUGAGAUCACAGCAGGUAGCCUCUCACAUACCCGUACCUUCCCUCUGUUGCAGCCUGAGCAAGGAAUAACCCGUGGCCUAACCAUCACAGUCCCAGUUAUCACCUUCAUUGACAACCAUGGGGAAAGCUGGAUGGGUGGAGGUGUUGUGCCUGAUGCCAUAGUGUUGGCUGAGGAUGCACUGGAGAAGGCGGAAGAGGUGCUAGCUUUUCACAGGAAAAUGGGGAUGCUUUUGGAGAGUACUGGGCAACUUCUAGAGGCUCACUAUGCCAUCCCAGAAGUGGCUGAAAAGGCCAGUGUUAUGCUCAACACCAAACGAGUUCAAGGAGGUUAUCGAUCAGCUGUAGACUUUGAGACAUUGGCUUCCCAGCUUACCAGUGACUUGCAGGAAGCAUCAGGAGAUCAUCGCCUUCAUGUUUUCCACAGCCAUGUGGAACCAACACCAGAAGAACAGCUUCCCAACAUGAUUCCCAGCCCUGAGGAACUCAGCUAUAUCAUUGAGGCACUCUUCAAAAUUGAGGUAUUGCCUGGCAACCUGGGAUACCUUCGCUUUGAUAUGAUGGCUGAGGCAGAAACUGUAAAAGCAAUUGGACCUCAGCUGGUGCAGAUGGUCUGGAACAAGCUGGUUGACACAGAUGCCAUGAUUAUUGACAUGAGAUACAAUACAGGUGGCUACUCCACUGCUGUCCCAAUACUGUGCUCCUAUUUCUUUGAGCCUGAACCUCGUCAACACCUCUAUACUGUCUUUGAUCGUAGCACCUCCCACAGCACAGAGGUGUGGACUCUCCCCAGGGUUACUGGCAAGAGAUAUGGCUCCCUGAAGGACAUCUACAUCUUAACAAGCCAUAUGAGUGGCUCAGCAGCUGAAGCUUUCACUCGUUCUAUGAAGGAUCUACAUCGGGCCACAGUUAUUGGUGAGCCCACAGUAGGUGGCUCCCUCUCAGUGGGUAUUUACCAAGUUGGCAACAGUUCCUUAUAUGCCUCCAUCCCUAGCCAAGUGGUGCUCAGCCCAGUCACUGGCAAAGUGUGGAGUGUGUCUGGAGCAGAGCCACAUAUCACCAUUCAAGCAAGCGAAGCCUUGGCUGUAGCUCAGCACAUUGCCAGCCUGCGUGCCCAGGUGCCCCAGAUGGUGCAAACUGUGGGUAGGCUUGUGGCAGAAAACUAUGCUUUUGUAGACACUGGGACUGAUAUAGCAUCCAACCUCACCAAGAGUGUCAACAAUGAAAAUUACAAAAGGAUUAAUUCAGAAAAGGAGCUGGCCAGGAAGCUGACUGCAAUCUUGCAAGCUCUUUCUGAUGAUGAACACCUGAAAAUACUCUACAUUCCUGAACAUGCCAAAGACAGCAUUCCAGGGAUUGUACCAAAACAGAUCCCUUCCCCAGAAGUUUUUGAAGAUCUGAUUAAAUUUUCAUUCCACACAAAUGUAUUCGAAAACAACGUCGGCUAUCUGAGAUUUGAUAUGUUUGGAGACUGUGAACUUCUAAACCAGGUGUCUGAUCUACUGGUAGAGCAUGUUUGGAAGAAAAUUGUUCACACAGACGCAUUAAUCAUAGACAUGAGGUACAAUAUUGGAGGUUACACCAAUUCCAUACCAAUCUUAUGCUCAUAUUUCUUCGAUGAAGGACAUCAGGUUCUACUGGACAAAGUUUAUGACAGACCUAGUGACUCAGUAAUGGAAAUAUGGACCCAGCAACAGCUCAGAGGAGAGAGGUAUGGCUCCCAGAAAGGAGUUAUAAUCCUCACCAGUGCUGUGACAGCUGGGGCUGCUGAGGAGUUUGUCUUCAUAAUGAAGAGGCUGGGCAGAGCUCUCAUCAUUGGGGAACAGACCAGUGGUGGGUCCCAUUCCCCGAAGACAUACCAAGUAGAUGAUACCAACUUCUACAUCAUCAUCCCCACAGCAAGAUCAGUCAUCUCUGCAGAGAGCACUUCUUGGGAAGGGAAAGGGGUGUCCCCUCACAUGGAAACACCAGCAGUAACAGCCCUCAUCAAAGCAAAGGAGGUGCUCGGUGCUCACCUGCACAGCUCAAGAUAGCCCAACAGGGGCAUGUGCUUCUUGAAAAAGUAGGUAGCUGUAAUUUUCAAGGAGCCUGAGGGACUUGCACUCUCAUGAGCUGAACCAAAAAUGGGUUUUGGAGCCCAGAGCCAGACAGUUCUAAUUUCAAUAACUAGUGCAAAAUUGAGACUACAAAUAACUAACAAGCUGUAUAUGUGUAUGCGUGCAUGUGAGAGGAUCAGAAGGGUACAGGUGUUUCUCUAUAUGUUACCUAUUUGUUUAAUGCCCAAGUACUCUGUUCCAUUAUGAGAAAUCAUUUCUGCUACCCAAAACAAUUCACAAGCCUCAGGAAUUAUGCUGUUAUGGACAGCAGAAGUGGAUCUGAGUUCCUAGCAGGAGAGGGAGACUUCACAAUGGAAUCUCAUUUCUUGAAUGAGCUUUUUGAUCGUCUUUUUCCUUGGGGAAGAAAGCCAUCUCUCCUAGAAAGGAGUGGGAACUUGAGUUCAAUUUCAGUAGUGAGUUCUUCCCUUACAUAGUUCUAAGUGACUCUGCUUUUAACAUGCUAGUUUUUUACCCCAUUCUGAGGAACUCAGCUCUUUCUGGGCAUGGUUAAGAUAAUUGGAUAUAUUGGUGGAUUCCUCUCCUGUGGUCAAAUAUAAAUGUUAGUUAUUGCACUGUCUGGUUUUUCCUAAGAUUUAGCUCCAAAUUAGAGAGAUUUCCUCUGAGCUGUCAGUAUUGAAGGCACGUGAACCACCUUAAAGCAUUUACACAGAAGUAGAAAAGACAUACCUUCUCCUUAUGGAAAAUGUGCACAUUCUUUUUUAUCCAUCUGAAUGAAGAAUGAACAGUAGUUUUGAGGGUUUGUUUUCCAAACUUCAAGACUUAAGUAUCUUCUCCAUUUCUUCAUUAGAUGUACCAGUGUAAGAGAAACUGCUGAUCACAGCCUGAACCUCUGAUUAACCAUCUGAGGCAACUGACAGGUCAGCUGCAGGAGCACGGGUGAAAGUAAUUC